UUGAGUUCUCUCAAGGUUUAUAAGUGGCACCAAGUCCUCUGCUUUGAUUUUUUUUAAGGAUUUUCAGUAGUUUUUAAUUCGUUUCUAUCACUUGGGUUUGCUUUUGUAAGUGCCAAGGUGUUUAGAUUAUCAUAAAUACCAUUGUCUUUAGAAUUUACCGACGAAAAAGGUUGUAACUUUACCUUUAUCCUUUUGCACAACCAGGUUUCUCCUGCCCUUUAACAUUGUAACGUUCGUGACUCAAUAUCGCCUCUCUUUUUUUCUUUUCUUUUUUCAGGGGGUUUCAAGGAUACCAAACGAAGAGUCUACAUUUCAAAAGCAUGUGAUUCUAUCACGCAUCCAAAUACCUAUGUUGAUAGUAAAUCAAUUCAUUUUGAUAUCCCAAAUAAUAUUCUAGAGAUUCCACAUGCCUUUGUUCCUAAUAUUUUCUUUCCUAUUUAUUCAUAACGUAUACGGAUAAAUAUCGUCAGAAUUGUAAGGCCGUUGACUGGUUUGAUUCUUUGAAUUCUUUGAGUAGGUUAUAAUAAAACUUUAUAGAGUUGCCAAGAUAUUUUAUUGUAUUGAGUCUAAAUCUUAACUACUGAAAGUUGAAAUGAAUAAUUUGGUGAAACUCCAUAAGAAAAAGAUAUAAGCUUUGUUUUCCUUUGUUUACUGUCGAAAGUGGAAGAGUCGUGGGAAGAAUUGGAGCCGGUGUUCCCUCGCCGACUGCGCCUAAAUUGCGCUCACUCCAACGGUCAACGCUUAUUCAUAAUAUAUCAAAUUGAACCGUAUUAGAUUUCUGAAUUCACUAGUAUAUAAUUUAUAAUUGAUCGGAACGAGAUUCUUGCAUUUUUGUACCCCUCUUCACGACUUCACCAAUAAGCAACCUGUUUGUUCAAUUAAAUUAAACCCAACAAAAUCUGUUGUAAAUUUUUUCCAGCUCUAGAUUUAGAUCUGUAUCAUGGCGAACGUGGAGUCUUUAUGAAGUUUUUUUUUUUUAAAAAAUAUUAUUAUUAUUAUUAUUAUUAUUUAAAUUUUCAGUCAAGAGGGUUGCUAAUAAGAAAAAGGAUUAGAGUAUAUAUGAUAGAAUAGUGAGGGAAAUUCCAGAGAGUAUAUUUGACGCCUUGUGGGGAUGAAAGGUCGGAGUGCUUUUGAACUUUCAAGUAAUAGAAGGAGCAUUUUGUUCAGACUUGUUAAGAAAAAGCGGUGAGCGAGCUUUAUCGGUUGAAGAUGCAGAGAAAGGGUGAUUCAGCUUCAUUUGAUGCGUGUUUGUGCAGACCUUUAUAUGGGUCGAAAAUCUGAACAGAGAAAGGGCAACAUUAGCAUUUGGUGAGAGGAAAACUGCCUCGCAUUGUGCAUUAUUAAAAAUGGGAAAGUUGUGCUGCUUUCCAAAAUUUAGGUUAGCCAGAAUAAUGGGCUGGCUUCAGAUUGUACUGGGAGGGCUUGUUAUAAUUGUAAGCAUAUCGAGUCUCAUUAGGUUCUACUCAGCCGGAUUUUUCUCACCCUAUGAAGAUAUGUGCCGGAAAUUUUCUGGUGUGAAGGAUGAUUAUGAUGGUUUUGACAUAAAAGCAUUGUCUGAUCGAGUCGGUGAAGUACUGAAUAGGAUGGAAAGCUUGCAAGAAAAGCUCGAGUUGAAAGUAAAAAAAAUGGAGAAAAACAAAGCGGACUUGUUUAGAAAUAAUAUCACUAGAUUUGAGUAUAAGAAGUAUUUGGAAGAGGAAGUUAUUGGACCUCUUUACAAGGCUCACAUUGCUCUUAGACAGAUUCGGCUGCCGAAGGUUGAAGGGAUUGGGAACUCGACGAUGAAGGAGGAACCUUUGAUUAAUACUUUUGUGACUGAGGAGAUUAGGAAGUACAUAACCCCAAAAGAGAAUAAACUUGGGAAGAUUAACAUAUAUGGGUCAGAGAGGAUACACAACACAAUUGGGCAUGCAUGUGUAUUAUUUAAGAAAGAACUGGAAGAGUAUAUGGAUUAUGACAUUGGUUCUUAUUGCAAAGAUGAUUGGAACCUAGCUCAGAGGCUUAUGGUCAAUGGUUGUGAUCCUUUGCCUAGAAGACGGUGCUUGACACGGGCCUCCAAGCUUUACCAAAAACCGUAUCCGAUCAAUGAGUCUUUAUGGAGAUUACCAGAUGACAGAAAUGUAAGGUGGAGCAAUUAUCAGUGCAGGAACUUUGAGUGCUUGUCCAGCAAGAACCCCAAGCGGGGUUAUUCCAAGUGUGUUGGGUGUUUUGAAAUGGAGAAGGAAAAGCUAAAAUGGGCGACUAAUAAAUCACUUCCAGUAGAUUUUGUGAUAUAUGAUGUUUUGGCAAUCAAGCCUGGGGAGAUAAGGAUAGGUCUUGACUUUGGUAUUGGUACAGGGACCUUUGCUGCAAGGAUGAGAGAACACAAUGUCACGAUUGUCUCAACUGCUUUAAACCUUGGAGCUCCUUUCAACGAGAUGAUUGCACUCAGAGGUUUAAUUCCUCUGCAUAUGACAUUGAACCAACGCCUUCCAUUCUUCGAUAAUACAAUGGAUUUGAUUCAUACGACUGGAUUUAUGGAUGGCUGGAUUGACCUGCUGCUAAUGGAUUUCAUCCUGUUUGAUUGGGAUCGGGUUUUGCGGCCAGGAGGGCUGCUAUGGAUUGACAGGUUCUUUUGCACUAGAAAAGAUCUAGAUGAUUAUAUGUACAUGUUUCUGCAGUUCAGAUACAAGAAGCACAAGUGGGUUGUUGGUCCCAAAUCAAAGGAUGAGGUCUAUCUCUCUGCAGUGUUAGAGAAACCACCAAGAGCCAUUUAAUCAGAUUACGUUUCUUGCUUUCUAAUUUGAAAAAUGCAUUGACCUGAUGUUGUUAAAAUACAUGUUUGUAACACCAAUGUUGUUUGUGGACUUGAUACACUGUAAAAGAAAAAAGAAAAUCUCACAAAUGUGAUGCACAGUAGGACUCUUUGUUUAAUCAAACUUCAAUGUUGUUUUAUUC